AUGCCGGACAACUACCUUUCUGACACCAGCGAUGCCAAAACGGUGCAGGACGCGGCUACCAAGCGUUUGACGGUCACAUUCCAAGACGUGGGAGUACAAGUCUCUGGCGAAGGCGAGAAUUUUGUAUCAACGUGCUUGUCGGUCGUCACUGAUGUCUUCAAACAUGGCCGUCAGAACAAGCCGAAAAGACAAAUUCUCCAGGGAAUCACGGGUCAGGUCAGUCCAGGAGAAAUGUUCCUGGUCAUUGGACGACCUGGCUCUGGCUGUACAUCUCUCCUGAAAGUGUUAUCUAAUCACCGGAGCGAGUUUGAUCAAGUACAAGGCCUCGUUCAGUACGGCAAUGUUGGACACGAGACAGCGAAAGAGUUCCGUCAUCAGCUCGUGAUGAACACCGAAGACGACAUGCAUUUUCCCUCGUUAAAGGUCUCGGAGACCAUGGGCUUUGCAAACUCAUCCAAGGUGCCCGCGACACGACCCGAACAUCUGACCAACAAGGAGUACGUCGACCAAACAUCGACCGAAAUCCUCGAGGCACUUGGCAUUGGCCAUACCAAGGACACGAUCGUCGGCAACGAAUACGUUCGAGGUGUAUCCGGUGGUGAGAGGAAGCGAGUCUCGGUCGCCGAGGUCAUGAGCACGCAAGCUCCCGUUCAAUGCUGGGACAACAGCACCAGAGGACUCGACGCAUCGAACGCUCUCGACUUUGCUCGCGUGCUUCGAAAGCACGCCGACGAACAGCAACGAACCAUCAUCGCCACACUAUACCAAGCUGGAAACGGCAUCUACGAUCAAUUCGACAAGGUUCUUGUCCUUGCUGAAGGCCGUGAGAUCUACUACGGUCCGUCGAUCGAGGCAAAGCAGUACUUUGAGAACAUGGGCUUCAAGUGUCCACCUGGAGCCAACAUCGCCGACUUCUUGACCUCUGUUACCGUGCAAACGGAAAGAGAGGUCAUUCCCGGGUUCGAAGGCAGUGUUCCAAACACAGCCCAAGACUUCGAGAAGCACUACAAGGAGAGUGACAUGUUUCAACGCAUGAAGUAUCUGGCCGAGUCUCGGGCUAGCGAGUCUCUUGCGGCUGAAGUAGAGGCGCUCCGAAGUCAUGGCUCCAGAGAGAAGGCUCGCUCGUUUGCAGCGCUUUCCAGAGAAUCCAGCCCGUACUUGGUCUCCUUCUUCCAACAGGUUUGGAUCUGUGCUGUCAGGCAAUUCCAGAUCCUUUGGGGAGAUCGAUUCUCGAAUGGUCUUCAGCUGGUAUCUUCCUUGAUCAUGGCUCUUGUGACUGGCAGUUUGAUGUACGACCUCCCGGGCGAUAGCACAUCAAUCUUUCGAAAGCCUGGCGCUCUAUUCUAUCCCAUUCUUCUCUGGUGUCUCAACAAGAUGGCCGAGACGGCGGCAUCCUUCGAGGGCAGAGGCAUCCUCAGUCGACACAAGCGUUUGGCGUUCAACCGUCCCGGCGCUUAUGCACUGGCUUGUGUUCUUACCGACAUUCCUUUCGUCAUCUUCAUGUUCAGCCUGUUCAACCUAAUUUACUACUUCAUGGUAGGCUAUCAGCAUGACGCUGGCAAGUUCUUCACCAACUGGUUCGUUUACCUCCUCGUCACUCUAUGCUUCACCUCUCUUUUCCGAACGAUUGGUGCGUGGUGCAGGCAUUUUGGUCUGGCGGCUCAGAUCAGCGGCUUGAUCACCAUGGUUAUGAUGAUAUAUGCUGGAUAUCUCAUCCCCGUACCGAAGAUGCAUCCUUGGUUCCGCUGGAUUGCUUACAUCAAUCCUGCAAGCUAUGCUUUCAACGCCGUCAUGGCCAGCGAGAUGGGAGACUUCACCCUGACAUGCAUCGAACCUCAACUUGUGCCUUUUGGGUCAGGUUACGACGACGAUCAGUUCAGGAGCUGUACCGUGAUUGGGUCAAGCGGUAACCAGAUUGAUGGUGCUUCGUAUCUGAGCGCCCAGUACCAGAUCUCACGUACCGAAGUCUGGAGGAAUGUCGGCAUCAUCAUCGCUUUCUGGGUCUUUUUCUCCAUCACAGCUGCCAUUGGCUUCGAGGUGAACCUUGCUUCGGGCGGGGGUUCCAUGAUUUUGUAUGACCGUCGGAGUCAGACGAAGGAAUUGGCUCUCAAGGACGAUGCUGAGCGUACAUCGACCCAGGCGUUGCCUCAACAACACGAUCAUUUCUCGGCUUCAGCGACCACCUUUACAUUCAAGAACAUCAACUACUUUGUUCAUCAUGAGGGUCAAGAGAAGCAGCUCUUGCAGAAUGUCUCCGGCUUUGUCAAGCCCGGCCAACUUGUCGCUCUUAUGGGUUCUUCAGGUGCUGGCAAGACGACACUCAUGGACGCCUUGGCUCAACGCAAGGACUCUGGUCGUCUUGAUGGAAGUAUCAUGGUCAAUGGCAAGCCCCAGGGUAUCACGUUCCAACGUUCAACGGGAUACUGCGAGCAGAAUGAUAUCCACGAGCCUACCGCAACUGUACUAGAAGCCCUUCGCUUCUCAGCACGUCUUCGACAGCCUUAUGAGGUUAGCGACUCUGACAAGAACACGUAUGUUGAUCAGAUCAUUGAGCUCUUGGAGCUUGGUCCUCUGAAGCAUGCUGUUAUUGGAGCACCCGGACAGGGUCUCUCGAUCGAGCAGCGCAAGCGUCUAACCCUGGCCGUGGAACUUGUUGCUAAGCCUUCAUUGCUAUUUCUUGAUGAGCCUACGUCUGGUCUUGAUGGCCAGUCUGCUUUCCAGAUUUGUCGCUUCAUGCGCAAACUUGCGAUGGCGGGACAGACAAUUAUUUGCACCAUUCAUCAGCCUUCAGCUGCUCUCUUUGAAGCCUUCGAUGUCCUUCUCCUCCUUGCCAAGGGCGGUCGCACAACAUACUUUGGACCGACAGGCAAGGACUCUGCCACUGUACUCAAGUACUUUUCCGAGAACGGCGCCUCUCCAGAGGGCGACGUCAACCCUGCCGAGUUCAUUGUUGAUGUGGUUCAAGGCCGUUUUGGUUCUCAUCUGGACUGGCCCGAGAUCUGGAACCAUUCCAAGGAAAGGGAACAGGCCAUGGCUGAGCUGGAGCAACUGGAACGACAGGUACCUGAAAGUGAGAAGGGGUCAGAUGAAUCCGAGGCCGAUUCCAAGGACUUUGCAACUCCUAUCAGAUACCAGGCUCAGAUCGUCAUUCACCGUCAGCUCAUCGCACUUUGGCGCAACCCAGACUAUAUCUGGAACAAGAUCUGUCUGCACAUCACCAAUGCUUUAUUUGGUGGUUUCACGUUCUGGAUGAUUGGGAACGGGUCUUUUGAUCUACAGCUUCGCCUCAUGUCUGUCUUUAACUUUGUCUUUGUUGCGCCUGGUGCCAUUAACCAACUUCAACCUCUUUUCAUCCGAAACAGGGACAUCUUUGAGAAUCGCGAGAAGAAGUCCAAGGCCUACCACUGGUUCGCAUUUAUAUCUGGCCAGCUGGUCUCAGAGAUCCCUGUCUUGAUCAUCUGCGUCAAAGCCAGCGUCUCUGGCCAAGUUUACCUUCAAAUGAUCUCAAUUGCUGCGUACUCGCCCAACGAUUACUUUGCUGCCUUGGCAAACCCUGUAUUCAUCGGUGCCGGACUCAUCAACUUUUGCGGUGUCGUUGUUCCUUACGAUCAGAUUCAGGCCUUCUGGAGAUACUGGAUGUACUAUCUUGAUCCUUUCACCUAUCUGAUUGGCGGCCUCUUGGAGCCUGUUGUGUGGGAUGUUGAGGUUGAAUGCUCCCAUAAUGAGUUGACGCAUAUCCCACUGCCAUCGAGUAACACCACCUGUGGUGAUUAUAUGGCGGAAUUUAUACGAGCGAACAGUGGCUACGUUGUUGAUCCUCGAUCGACGAGUACCUGCUCCUACUGCCCAUACACUACUGGCGCCGACUACCUCAGUCAAUUCAAGAUCGAUGAGAGAUACUUUGGCUGGAGAGAUGUUGGGAUCACAGCACUGUUCUGUGUCAGCUCAUACGGCCUCGUCUUUCUCAUGAUGAAGCUUCGCACCAAAUCAACCAAGACAGCAAGUUAA